GAGAAGGAUAACUCAUGUUUUAUGCACAUUAUAUCAUUGAUUAAUUAGAUUAGGAUAUCAGAACUUGUAAAACAUUAAUACUAUUACUUGGAAUGAGAGUAAUCUGGAAAUAAGAUGUCUACAGCAGCCACUGGGACUUGGUUUUCUUCUGGGUACCAUGGUCACUUCAGGAGUAAGUCGAGAAAUGAUUUUGUGAAUGAAUACAGACAGAAAGCCAAACCCAAGCCACCUGGCAAGUUCACAGUCAGAGUAAAGAGUGGUCACAGAGAACACAAGUUUUCUAAACAUGACAAUCGACACUCAUUCUUACAAGAUGCACUCUACUUUGAGGAGGGACUUGGAAAGAAAAAGCUGAAAAACAAAACCUUUGGAUACAAACCUGACUUCAUCAUGUGGACCCCCCAAAGACAGGACUUCCAAAAUGCUGGUCCCUUAUUGUCCACAUACAGAAAGGACUUCCACACAAAGCAAGAGCCAAUGAAACAAGUAUAUGUAGAAUCGAGACCUAAGACUGCCUUCGGGGAAAAGAUGACGACCAGUUAUCGGUAUUCCCACUCCCAUAAUAAACCUGAUAGGGAAACGAUUAGUGCAAUGAACAAUGAAGGACUAUUACCAAUUGGAAUUAAGAAAAAUCAGGGUAGAAUUCAGUCUGCGACUGGUUACAGAGACAGUGUGUCAUCAUGUAUGACGUGGCACCCCCACAAUUCCACCACGCAGUCCAGCCUGCGUCCACAGGUGCCCUACUCCACACAGACAGCCCCAGCCCAGUUAGAAACUUUUGCCCCACCCCCACAAACACAAGUCCAGCCACAGCCAGCACUUGUAGAAUAG